GACAAGCGAUAACAUUUCUGAUAAAGAAUUGAGAUCACUGCAAACUAACCUUCUAUUUUUUCCAAUCCAGACACAGGCGUUUUUAAUAUUAAACACAGUCACCCCGAUUUCACUUGCAUAGGAGAAAAUUUAAAUCUUAAAUCCCCUCAAACAAAAAGAGAAAUAAUACCCCGAGAUCAACAAACAAACACAAAGACGGUUCAUGGCUUACGCCAAAGCUCCUCCAUCUUUCAGACUGCAAAGACUAUUGCAAUUUAAUCAACAGACAUGGUGCGAAAAAAGAAUCCCCCUCUGAGGAGCUUCGGCGGUGAGGAGCUGGAAGGAGACGCGUCCGUGGCGGAGUCGGCUAGCGUGGGGAGCGAGGACGGGGAGACGCGGGGCCGGAGCGGGGAGACGCGGGGCCGGAGCAGGGAGGCGGCGGAGCCCAUGCAGGAGCUGGGCCCGGCAGCCGGGCCGGUGCCAGACGACGAGGAGGCGCGGGAGGAGGAGGAGGCUCGGCGCUCGCUGGUCCCGGAGCCUCCUCCCGCCAUCAAACGGGACUUGAAAAGCGCGGCGGCAGCGGCCGACAGGCCUGGCUUCAAUUACGAAAGCCGCAAGAAGGGCGGAAACGUCCCGUCCUUCCCCCGCGAUGAGGUGACGGACAGAAAUACGCCGGGGCUCUCGGGCCCGGCCGCCGGGGGCCGGUCUCCGCCGAGAUCGGAACCAGAUGACGAGGGGGACGGGGUGCGGGACUGCAGCCCGGGCCGGGGCCCGGGGGAGGGAGGGGACGACGGGGAGGGGCCCCGGCGCUCGGCCCGGGGUGGGGCCGGGGCGGUGGUGGAGGGUUGCCCUGACGACGAGGCCGCGGAAGGGGACCUGUCCCCGGGCACGGCGAUACAGCUGGCCCCGGAGCCCAAAGCCCUGCCGCGCCUGCCCCUCCUCAGCAGGGGCGGAGAGGGGGGAGAGGACACGGCCUGCCUGCCCGGCGCCGACGGGGAGCUGGACGGGGGCGACCAGCAGCCCUCCUCUCCCAAGCUGCAGGACUUUAAGUGCAACAUCUGCGGGUACGGCUACUACGGCAACGACCCCACAGACCUGAUCAAGCACUUCCGCAAGUACCACCUGGGCCUGCACAACCGCACGCGGCAGGACGCCGAGCUGGACACCAAGAUCCUGGCGCUGCACAACAUGGUGCAGUUCUCCGCCCAGAGUCACACCAAAGACCUGCCCCGCCUGCACGCCCACAGCACGCUCAGCGGGGUGCUGCAGGACAUGGGCUCCCGACCCCUGCUGCUCAACGGCACCUACGACGUGCAGGUGACUCUGGGAGGCACCCUGAUCGGAAUCGGCCGGAAAACACCGGACUGCCAGGGGAACACAAAGUACUUCCGUUGCAAGUUCUGCAACUUCACCUACAUCGGCAGCUCUUCGAGCGAGCUGGAGCAGCACUUCCUGUCCGCCCACCCGAACAAGAUGAAGACGCACCCGCCCUCCGCCCGCCCCGAGUCGCCCGAAAAGAACGAGGGCAAGGGCAACGGCUUCCCCCGCGGGUGCCCGGACCCCGGCGAGGCGGGCCGGUGGGCCGACCGGGUGGCGGUCACGGCGGACGACGACAGCAUCGCCGGCUACUUGGUCCCCAUCCCGGCCGGAGACCCCCACGGCCAGAAUAACGCAGAGGGCGGGCAGGCCGGCUACUACUGGUGCAAGUACUGCAGCUAUAGCUGCGAGGCGCCCACUCCGCUACGUCUGCUGGAGCACUAUGAGAAGAAGCAUUCUCAGCCCGGCGGGACGGACUGCGCCCCUCGAGACGACCCGGUCCGGGGCGACCCGGACCCGCCCGCCAAGAGGAAGGACGCCCCGGGCAAGGCGGCCUCGGCGGCCGACCCGGAAACGGUGGUGACCAGCUACAACUGCCAGUUCUGCGACUUCCGCUACUCCAUGAGCCACGGGCCCGACGUCAUCGUGGUGGCGCCCCUCCUCCGACACUACCAGCAGGCUCACAGCAUCCACAAGUGCACCAUCAAGCACUGCCCCUUCUGCCCCCGGGGCCUGUGCAGCCCGGAGAAGCACCUGGGGGAGAUCUCCUACCCCUUCGCCUGCCGCAAGAGCAACUGCUCCCACUGCGCCAUGCUGCUGCUGGAGCCAGCCCCCGCCGGCCUGCCCCGGGCCAAAGUCAAGCACCUGUGCGACCAGUGCCCCUACUCCGCGGCCGACAUCGACCUCCUCCUCCUACACUACGACAGCGUGCACAGCGCCCACGGGGUCCUGGAGGUGAAGCCCGAGGAGGAACCACCCCGUCCAGAGGCCGGGGCCAACCCGGCCAAGGAGCCAAGCAACCGCUGCUGCACCAAGUGCGACUUUGUGACCGAGGUCGAGGAGGAGAUUUACCGUCACUACAGGAGGGUGCACGGCUGCUGUCGCUGCCGCCACUGCAGCUUCACCGCGGCCGACACCGCCGCCCUGCUGGAGCACUUCAACUCCGCCCACUGCCAGGACCCUCCGGACCCCUGCUCCGCCCCCACCAACGGCUGCUCCGUGCCCUCCAACAUGAGCAUCAAGGAGGAGAGCAAAGGAGACCUGAAGCUCUAUAGCCUGGUGCCGCCCGAGGCCCGGCCCGCCGAGGCCGGGGUCGGCCUGGAGGGGGUGAAGAGGGAGGCCCUGGACGAGAAGGAGCCCCUCAGGGAGAAGGUCUGGGGGGAGGCCACAGGAGGAGGAGGUGGGGGGGAGCAGGCACGCGGGUUGCUGUGGGUGCCCAAGGAAAGGGCGGUGGAUAUCUUGAGGGGAAGUCCUCUUCCGUAUGGCCAGGGCUCCUUAGGCCUGCUCAACGCGGUGGCGGUUUCUCAGGAGCCCCACCAACAGAAGUCCCCAAUGCUCAGGGACUCCCCCGGCCUGGUGUUCGGCCUCGGCGCGGACAGCAAGGGCUUCAUGCAAGGGCUGCCCGGAACGGAUAAGACCGGUCAGAUGACGCAGCAAUACAGCACCACGACGGACAGCAAGUCCAGCAAGGAGGAGUCGCAGUCACUUUUACGGAGACGGCGAGGUUCAGGAGUGUUUUGUGCCAACUGCCUGACCACUAAGACUUCUCUCUGGAGGAAGAAUGCCAAUGGUGGAUAUGUAUGCAACGCCUGUGGCCUGUAUCAGAAGCUACACUCGACCCCGAGACCGUUGAACAUCAUCAAGCAGAACAACGGCGAGCAGAUCAUCCGCCGGCGCACGCGGAAACGGCUGAACCCCGACUCGCUCCCCGCCGAACACGCCGGCUCCAAGCAGCAGCGCGUCAACAGCGAUGAGCAGGUCAACGGAAGCCCCCUGGAGAGACGGCCGGGAGCCCCCAGCCCCGACGCCCCGCCCCGCGGCGCCGAGCUCCAGCCCCCGCUGGGCAAGUACGAGGCCUACGGCCCCUCGGGGGGCAAGGGCCACCCCAGCCCGCACUCCACCCACGCCUUCCUGGUCAACCAGACCCUGGAGAUCCACAAGCGCAUGCCGCCUUUGCACACGCACAAGAGCCCUCAGGAUGGCGGGGCGGAAGGGAACGGGAUCGGGCCCGGAGCGGGCGCGGCCGCAGAGGGGAAGGGAGGCUCGGAGCGGGGAAGCCCCAUCGAGAAGUACAUGCGCCCCUCCAAACAGGCCAGCUACUCUCCCCCGGGAAGCCCCAUCGAGAAGUACCAGUACCCCUUCUUCAGCCUGCCCUUCAUCCACAACGACUUGCAGAGCGAGGCCGACUGGCUGCGCUUCUGGACUAAGUACAAAAUGUCGGUCCCGGGGAACCCACACUACCUAAGCCACACGCCCGGCCUGCCCAACCCUUGCCAAAGCUUUGUGCCUUACCCGGCCUUCGGCCUGCCUCCACACUUCCCCCCUCCCGGCCCGGAAAACGACAUCCCCCUGGACCUGGCCAUCAAACAUUCCAAACCGGUCCCCACGGCCAACGGAGCCCCGGCCAAGGAGAAGGGCCCGGCGGCUGAGCAGGCCCUGCCCUCGGGGGAGAAGGAGCCGGCCGACACGGCGUUGGCGGCGGAGGAACCCGUGCCGGAUUCGGCCGGCCCGGCGCCGGAGAGGGUGGAGCGGGGCACUCAGGACGAGCUGUCGAGCAAGUGCGCCCACUGCAGCAUCGUCUUCCUGGACGAGGUCAUGUACGCCUUGCACAUGAGUUGCCACGGCGACGGCGGGCCCUUCCAGUGUAGCAUCUGCCUGCACGCCUGCGCCGACAAAUAUGACUUCACCACUCACAUACAGCGGGGCCUGCACCGGCCCCUGAGUGAGUCGAACACCAACACCCCAAAGGAAUGAACCGGAGACGCGCCAAACUAGCACUUCUAGCACAACUAACACGAGGAAUGGAUCGACGGCCUGGACAAUACGCAAUGUUAAAAUACAAAAAAAACGCGUUCGGGUUCAUAGUGCAGUGGUGGCUUGCGGUGGUUUAGCCGCCGAGGUAGGGAACUAAUGACAUUUUAACAUUUAUAUGGAGUUUGAUGUAAAGCUAUUUACUAUUUACUUUUUUUUUUUUUUUUAAGGAUAUUCUUUUUGGAAAAAAAGGUACACAUGACUGCUCAUUGUUUCUUUUUUGUGUAAUUAUAAAACAUUAACUCUUGACAAGGCAGUUCAGCAAAACAAGGUACAUCUGCACAUUUGUGGAAUUAUUACAGUGGGGGUUUUUCUUUUAACAUGUCUGUUUACCGGCCCAGAGGGAUUUUUUCCAAACAAAAAGAGAACGUGUCCAUUUGCUUUGAGUGUCGGACACGCGUGUUAGGCACGCUCCUUUCAUCCUCACACUGAAAUCGUUUUGGCUUAACGUUGUCUCCGAAUAUUCACAUUGUCAUAAGAACGUCCUCAGGGAACGCAUUCAGCUGAGUGAGACAAAUUCAGGAUUUCAGUUGUAUUAUCUGUCGCCCGUUAACAUCAAACCAAGCUUUUGUGUAUGUGUAACGUUUUUACGUCUGCAGUGUUUUACAUUUGUUUCUUCAGAGGGACGACAUUUGUCGCGGAUCCAUUCUAAACGUUAAGCUGCUGCCUUAGUUGCUGAGAAUCGAACCUUAUAUCACUAAAGAAAUUUGGAAAGGAACUCGUACAAAAGUAUUUUUUUUCUUCUAAUUUGUUAAUAAGGAAAUCCUAAUAUCAGUGCCUGAUAUAUUGUAUUAAAUAUUUUCUACCUGGUAUGUUGAUAUGCAACAAUGAAUAUACAUCUGUUGAAUAAGGGCCAUACGUCUGGCUCGGAGUAACUGUUUACAUUUGCAAAUGUAGCAAAAAAUGUAAUGAAGCAAAACUUUUAUUUCUGAACGUUUUUUGUCUCCAGACGGAGACUAGCGUUGCUGUCGAUAAGUGGAUGCCUUCAUUUCUUUUUCAAAGGUUUAUAAGAAGGAGAAAAUAACUAUAAUAGCUACACCACAGAAAAUGAAUGCACUGUCCAUUCCAAGUCGUUUUGCCCUGUAUCUGAGUACAUGUUAAUGUUCUUUAUAAUACAUACCAGUUUAUUCUAUAUUUUCUUUUCUUCUGAUAACAUCCGAGAAUGAAUUUAAGGGCUGGAAAUUUGUCUUUGUGGCCUCCCCACACACUAAGUUUUCUUGCCACCUGCUUGUGUCACUAAGCAAUAGCGUUCAUGCCCGAUUUGGUUUAGUUUUCCUGAUUUUAAGUCCUGUUUUUGAAUUCCGUUGAAAUCCCAUAUUAUUAUUUUUUUAAAUGUGUUAAUAUCGUUUUUUUUUUUUUUUUUAAAGGAGUUUAUUAUGGGGAUUUUUUUUUUUUUUUUUUCAAAGAAUUCACAGAAUUUAUAAAGGACGGUGUGAUAAUAGUACAUUCUAGAAAUUUAAUGAAAUGUGCUUGAAAUGGUACACAUUGUACUGUUUGGUAACUACAGAUGUUUCAAUAAUCACUAAGAUUAUCAGGUGAUUCUGGUGCCUUUAGGGUGAUGGCAUAUAUUCAAAACAUGCACACAACAUCAUGUCAACACAAUUCUUUCACAGCAUUUCAAUACAAUAUUAACAUAUUGCAUGCAUCAAUCAACUUGACACUCCACAUCAAAAUGAAUUUUUUUUUUUUUUUUUUAAUGGGUUCACAUUAACAUAUGAAAUGACCAUCAUUCACUAAUAGUGUUUUUAUUUUUUUUCCUCUCCAAUCUCAGUGACUCCCUGCACCUUAGCAGGAACACCACCAUCACCAGUUUAAAAAAAAAAGUCUUAUCGACAGUGAACAUUUUUAUUUUUAUUUUUUUUAUUAUCAUUUUUUAAAUCUGAACAGCUAGCAGGGAAAGUGUUAAUAUGGAAUAUACCAUAGGUGUUGUGGCUCCCAUUCUGUUGUAACUGGUGAAUCACAGGGUUUUGCGCUGUCUGAUUUCACAGAUGGCCAGUUAAAAGAGGGCCUAUGGCCAGACUGAACCCCUCAGUUCUUGACUGAACCCCUGUGAUUUCCCAUUAUAAUUAGGCUUCUUAAACUGCGUGGAGCAUACAGUUUGGUCAUGUAUAGAUUUUCUUUUUUUUUUAUCUAAUGGAAAUGAAUGAAUUCCCAUGAUGUCUAUUAUUUUUCAGUUCUUUCCCUGUGCAUUGAAACUUUACUGUAACAUGUUAUCAGGAUAUCGUCAUCAGGAAACAGUGGGUGCCUUUAUUUUGUCUGAGCGUGCAAAGGGGGCAUCGACUUUUUGUUUUAAGUUUUGAAAGGCAGCAGUAACGAGUCUUAUACAUGCUUGGCUGGAUGUGUACAGAUACAUCCGUAUUUAUUUCUACGUAAACAGUGGGGAGAGAUGCUGUGGAUGUCUCAAGUUUGCUGGGUCUGCAAGGAGAGCCAGAAACCCAAUAAAGCCUUUGAAUGCUGCUUUAGUGCCAAUGCCUCUUGUAAAAUAUAAUGAAUAAAUGCAUUUCACAGGAGCAUUUCUAGGAUAGCGAAUAACAUAAGGAACCUUUCUUUUUUCUUAAUUUCAAACUAUUAUGUUUUAAUUUAAACUAUUUUAAUGCUUGCACUUCAGUUAUUCAUUUGUAUUGCCGAGGAAGAAAGAUAAAAUGUGUAAUUAGCAUGCUACAUACAGGUACUGCAUCUUAAUUAGCAAAAGUGAUCGUAAUAUUUAACGGACUUACCUUAAGGCUUGAGAAACAAAAAACGUAAGAAUUUGUAUGAAGAACUCCAGAAACUGUAAGCCAGUAAAACAUGGUAAACAUGGGAAAAAGGCAAAAUAUGUAAAUGUUUUAACCAUAAUUCUAGUUUUUGUUAAUUUUUUUAUUUUUUGUUUGUUUUUUACACUUUACAGUGCAUAGAUGAUGGUUUUAGUUAUGUUUUCUGCCGCCACCUAAACUUUUUUAUUGUGUUGUAUGUUCUACAUGCAAAAAAUAAACAAAUAUCAGCAAAGAUAGCAAAGAUGUCUGUUACAUCUAAACUUGAAUAAUAAUAAAGUAAUAAUAAAAUGUU